GAUCUAUCAAGGCUACAAUAAUGAAGGCAACAUGCAAGCAAGAUAUAGCGGCCGGAGUACACAAUGGCAUGUCAGUUUCCAGGAGGUCACAAGAUGGUGCGGACAUUCAGCAAUGUCGUUCCUUGGCUGCAUACUGGACUCGGCACAAUUUGGAAGGUGAGGCAUACAUGUAUGGACGUUAUCGAUGGGGCUGCAUUACUGUGAAAGCUAGGCUACUGCUGGACCAAGUGCACAAGAGUCUAUGCCUGAAAAGGGAACAGUUGAUGGCCAAAGUCUGUCAUCCUCUGUAGCCCUCUUCGCUGGAUCGACGCCGAAGAGAUCUGUUGCUUUUGGAAUCAAAUGCGAAGGGGGCUGUCCGAGAAAAAAGUAUUCAUCCGAUUGAGGAUGGCUUAAAAUAACUAGCUUUCCCUCAUUUUUGCAUGUCAGA